ACGGCUCGUUGCUAACACCGAAUCGCGGUUGAUAUAGUCAGAAGCGACCAGCCAGAGUAGAAUGGAAAUCAACAGGGAGUCGUCGCCGACAUCACCUACACGCGGCGUGAGUGAUUCUGCCAACUAUAGCUCUCCCACUCGUCUCACGUCAGGAGUGGACACCUCAAGAGAUGUUGAACCCGACGGGAUCCGACGCCGCAAUACUGUCCGCUCGGCGCGGACAGGCAGUUUGGCACAGCGAACGACCCUAGCGGAGCGCACGCAGGGACAGUUCACCAUGGGGGGUCCAGAGGACGGCCCACAGCUGCGGCAGGCACAUGAACCUUUUGUUCAGCCGGGCUAUUCACAUCUUAACCCCUCCUAUGAGCAGCCCGCAAAUACGAAGCCCGUCUGGUCUCUCGCAAAACCCUUGCCGCGUGUGGUGCGGGCGGGCAUGGUGCCGACAAAGGAAGAGCUGCUCGAUGCGAGGCUGCAGCCAGAGCGUCCGGCCGAAAACUCGCAGAAGCUUGGGCUCGAUGUGGAUCCGAAUGACUUGGAGCAAGGCCAAAUUCCCAAAAUGGCGGAUCCCCGGAAGAUGGCAGCGCAGGUGGAGGACGCUCGCCUUCAGCGUGAAAACAACUUUGUCAAUAAAGUCCUCACCGGAGAUGUUGGUUCCUCGCGCAUAUCACGGACGUCCUCUACCCGCCGGCGUCGCCCGUCAGUCCGGAUAGAUGCCGCGAGCGAUCAGCUUUCCACCGUCCCAGAAGGGCCGAGUGCGGUCCCGAGCGUAGCUUCCGUUCAGGCUGGAGAAGGCCUGCCGCAUGGGAAUGAUGAGCCCCUGGAGACCGUGCCAGAGCAGCCGGAGGUGCAAACUGCCGCGGUGGAUGCCCUGCCUGACCUUUCGGCCUUGCAUGAAUCAACACUCCCGGAUGAUCUGCAUCCACUAGUGCAGGAGCUGGUGGAAGACGAAGUGCACAACAAUCAUACCACCUGGUCCGUUAUUCGCACUCACCAUCGUGAGGCGCUGGCUGAAUCCCUGGCGGUAUUUGUCCAGCUGACCAUUGGCUUCUGUGCUGAUAUUUCUGUCACCGUCGCUGAUGCCGGUAAUCCCAAUACAACUGCGUGGGCAUGGGGCUUUGCUACCAUGAUGGCGAUCUAUAUCUCCGGUGGUGUCUCGGGUGCUCAUCUCAACCCCAGUAUAACGAUUAUGUUAUGGUUUUAUCGUGGCUUCCCUAAGCGUAAGAUGCCGGAAUACUUUCUGGCGCAAUUCGUGGGAGCUUUUGUUGCGGCACUGACUGCCUAUGGGGUAUACUACCAAUCCAUUCAUCAGUACCUCCUUACCCACCAAGAUACGGGGAUCGUGACCAGCUUUGUGACGGGGCAGCGUCAAUCAUGGAUCGAUCCAGCAACCGCCUUCUUCACGGAAUUUCUCGGGACGGCCCUCACGGCCACAACAAUCCUGGCCUUGGGUGACGAUCAGAAUGCACCUCCUGGGGCGGGCAUGAAUUCGCUGAUCGUUGGGCUGAUGGUGUUUGUGCUGUCGAAUACUUUCUCUUACCAGACAGGGGCUGCAUUCAACCCCAGUCGAGACUUUGGGCCACGCCUCGCUCUCCUCGCUCUCGGCUAUGGGUCCAACCUUUUCACAAACCCCUACUGGUUUUAUGGGCCAUGGGCCGGCUCUCUAUGCGGUGCUCUCAUCGGUGCGUUCCUGUACGAUUUCAUGAUCUUCACUGGUGGUGAGUCGCCGGUGAAUUACCCUUGGGAGCGUACUCAGCGCUCGCUGCGGAAGAGUCGCAUCAAAUGGAAACGGCGGUUGCGCUUUGACCGUCGACGACGUGGCAUCCCCGAGAAAGUCGUUGCUUAAUGUGUCGCUCGUUGAAGGGCUC